AUGCAGGGUCUGGAGAGAAACAGACCAGGGAGACAGAAGGCACCGGACUGUCAUCCUAAAGGUAAGCACAUAGAGGCAGUCUGCAACAACUAUGAUUCCCACAAGGCACAAAUCAGCAAAUACACAGCUGGUCAGGUGAUUGAUGUUGGUCUUUGUAUUUGUCUAUUUCAUUCUCAGUAGAGAUCCUUUCCACCAAACUCUUCCAAGAGGUGACCACUGACCAACAACCGGUAAGGAUCGUUAACUUCCACACUAAGGUUGUAGAGUGUAGACACUCUCUUGACUAAGGCACAGGCCUACAUAUAUAUAUUUAAAGUCAUGGGAUGCAUUUGCUUGGUUAUUUAAGUUAUUGAUGUGAAAACGUUUUUUUAUAGGGUUUUACAGCAGUACAUUUUGCCUUAACUGCAUCUGCAAUUAACUGAAUUUGGGCCAUCAAAAGUCUGACCGUAAUUAAGGUGAUUUAAUUCGUAAUUAAUUACACAAGAGCAUGUGUUGAGGAUUGAAGAUUGCAGUCUCUCUAGCUUGAGAUGAACUUGUUAUUCAGCCAGGAUACCAAUUGAGAAUCCCAGCCUAGAGUAACACUUUACUGAAGCCAAACAAAUAUUAUUAAGACAUGAUCAUUAUGCAUUAUAAGACUUGUCAUAAGUGACUAUGAACUGCUUAUAAUAUAUAAGUAUCGUUGCGAACGGCGGGGCAGGGAAGCAAACCCGGGCCGCUGGUAUGAAAGGCAAACACCCUACACAUCGUGCUGAUAGGGUUAACUCACUUAAGAGGGAAUUGUAACAUGGCUCAUAUUAGUGAGGGUCGUUACACUGCCCCCUUCCGAACAGGAAAGGCGCAUCCCAGGGCUUCGACCACAUCAGCCCCUUCCGAACAGGAAAGGCGCAUCCCAGGGCUUACACCACAUCAGCCCCCUCACACAUCUGUCCGUGCGUUCCGAUGGCCUCAUGGCUGACAUCCCACUUCUAACACCAAUGUUAACCUACUUGGUGGGAAUUGUAACGUGGCUCAUAUUAACGAGGAUUGCUACAGUAUCCUCUUACAAUAAGCCAGAGCUAUUACCAGUCAUUUAGAACCUAUUAUAAAUUGCCACAUAGAAAGACAACAUAUAUGUUAUAAGUUGAUUUAUGAAACAUUGUAAGGCUCAUACAUAUAACAGUAAUAAUAAUACAUUAUAACUGUACACCAUAAUUCAUUCACACAAAAUAAACCAUGUCAGCAUCUGUGAAAUGCAAGCUCAUGCAAAUCUCAUUCAAAAUGGAAUUUGCUUAUACAGUAUUAACUAUUACCUAAUGAUUCUAAGACUAAAGGUCUAAUCCCUGUGAAGUAAAUAAACUGUCUUCGUUAGCAGUAGAAAAGUACCAUUUAAUGAAUGUACUCAACAAAAUCACAUUGUCAUGACGAUAUAAAUGGAUGGAUGUGUUCUAAACAAGUAUGCCCGUGCCAUCUAUUGGCUGAUUUAGUAUGCCCGUGCCAUCUAUUGGCUGAUUUAGUGAUCCGGAGUUCAGGUCAUUGUUUUUAAAAGCGUUAUGAAAUGUGAUAGUGUGUUAUCCCCUGUCUCCAGUGACGAGCACCUUGUACUGUAGGUAUGACGAGUUCCUUCACAAUUUCCUGAUUUCACAGACAGACCACUUAGAAGUUUUAAAUAAAUAGUUAUUUUACCCACUGAUGGAACAUAGGCUUUUCACCAAAUUGACAGGAGUUUCAUGAUUGCUUAUACAGUUUUAACUAUUACCUAAUGAUUCUAAGACUAAAGGUCCAAUCCCUGUGAAGUAAAAAGUAAACAAUCUUCUUUAGCAUGUAUUCAACAAAACCACGCAUUUAGUGUGAAACAAAACAAAAAGGACCAUCAAACUGCUGAUCAAUUCAGACUGCACAAGAUACAUACUAUUUCAAACUAUCCUGGAAACACAGUUUUCACUAUUUCAUUCAACAGAUCAUUUUCAGGAUUUACCAACUAAUGCUAAUGUCAGAAUGGGAUAUUUUGGAAUGAAACUGUGGAUGUAUGUAGAUAUUUUCUGUUCCUCCCUGUACAGAUUUCAGGAUGGGGGACAUGGCGAUGGAGGAGUUCGGGGCGGCAGCUCCCUUUCUGCGUAAACCAGACAAGGAGAGGAUGGAAUGCCAGACUAGACCCUUUGAUAUAAAGAGGGAGUGCUAUGUGCCUGACCCUGAGGUUGAGUACGUCAAGGGCACAAUCACCAGCAGAGACGGGGACAAGAUCACAGUCGAUACGGAGUACGGGAAGGUAAAUAUAUCAAGAAAAUGUUUUAAACAUGGAUAGACAACAGGAACAAUAUGUACUCUAUAUAAUGAUUUAUCCAUUGUACUUUGAAUAUAAAAUGAACCAAACUGUGGAAAUGUAAUUUACUUUCAGACUGUUGUCGUGAAGGAGGUCGACUGUCAUCCCCAGAACCCGCCAAAGUUUGAUAAAAUUGAAGACAUGGCGAUGUUCACCUUCCUGCACGAGCCCGCUGUGCUGUUUAACCUCAAAGAGCGUUACGCAGCCUGGAUGAUCUACGUAAGUAAUAACCUGCCCGCUGACAUCUCCAUUAUAUCAAAACAUUGAUUCAAAUGAAUAUAAUUUUAAAUCUGCACCUCUCUCGUCUUCCACAGACCUACUCAGGGCUGUUCUGUGUCACGGUCAACCCCUACAAGUGGCUGCCAGUGUACGAUCAGUCUGUUGUCACUGCGUACAGAGGCAAGAAGAGGACUGAAGCUCCUCCUCACGUCUUCUCCGUCUCUGACAAUGCCUACCAGUACAUGCUGUCAGGUAAAAUGCAACUGCUGCUUUCUAAGUACAUUGAAAACAUCAAACUAUAGUUGGAAAAUGACGUAUGCUAUUUACUGAUAUUCCUUUUCUUUCAACAGACAGGGAAAAUCAGUCUGUCCUCAUCACGUAAGUACAUCAACCAAAGGUUUAUAUCAAUUUGAGUCUAUUUACAAUUAGGAGAAAUGUCGUAAACAAACAAUAUUUAUAUUUCCAAUCGCAGUGGAGAAUCCGGUGCUGGAAAGACUGUGAACACCAAGAGAGUUAUCCAGUACUUCGCCAGCAUUGCUGCUGUUAGCGGAAAGAAAAGUGCAGCAGAAGAAAAAAAGGUAAACAGAACGUUCGUCCCAAAUGAAACACACUUCCUGUUGACAAAAUCAAUGAGAUAUUCAUUACAGAGAUGUAACACUGUGUGGGUGUUGGUUUGUAGGGGACCCUGGAGGAUCAAAUCAUCCAGGCCAAUCCUGCCCUGGAGGCUUUUGGUAACGCCAAGACCAUCAGGAAUGACAACUCCUCCCGAUUCGUACGUUUUUUUCCCUCUUGUUUGAGAACACGUCAUUAUUAUAAAAUCACCCCAUUACCUUGUGUAUAUGGGCGCAUUAAUUAAUAUGUUGGUAAAAUCUCAUAGGGUAAAUUCAUCCGAAUUCAUUUUGGAGUCACUGGGAAACUUUCAUCUGCUGACAUUGAGACUUGUAAGUAAAAGUUCAAUUUGAUCAGGUUUGAACAAAUCUCUUUGAUAACAGAUUCAUAAAAUACACAUGUCAUUUUUCAUGCUUAUCAGAUCUUCUGGAAAAGUCACGUGUCACUUUCCAGCUCAAGGCUGAGAGAGACUACCACAUCUUCUAUCAGAUCCUGUCCCAAAAGAAACCGGAGCUUCUAGGUGAGUAUUAGAACAUUCAACUAGGUACUGAACACUAUAAGUUCAGUGUCUCUCAACCUCAGGUCUGUGGACCAGCACCAGUCCUUGGGAUGUUACUGAUCUUUGUCAGUAAAUUAUCUGCCACAGUUUUCAAAAAAAAGGUUGAGAAACACCGCAUAGUAAACAGUACCAUAAACUGUGCUGUUCAAAUCUUUUCAGAGAUGCUACUCAUCACCAGCAAUCCCUAUGACUACGCCUUCAUCUCCCAAGGAGAGAUUACUGUAACUUCCAUUAAUGAUGCGGAUGAGCUAAUGGCUACUGAUGUAAGUAAAUGUUAAUGGAAAUUUACAUUUAUCUUGACUUGUUCAUCUGUCCAACUUUCUCCGCAAUACAAAAAAAUUUACUAUUAUCCGGAACUAGGAUGCCUUCGAUGUGCUGGGCUUCUCCCAAGAGGAGAAGAACGGCAUUUACAAGCUGACUGGUGCCAUCAUGCACUAUGGCAACAUGAAGUUCAAGAACAAGCAGAGGGAGGAGCAAGCAGAAUCUGACGGCACCGAGGGUGAGCGCUGAGGAUUUAAAACCUCUCACUUUAAUAUACAAUCAUCUUUGAAAAUUCCGACGGUCAGAAUGCCUCCUCCCAACCAUAAAACCUCGCCUUUCCAGAUGUUGACAAAGUUGCAUAUUUGAUGAGCCUGAACUCUGCUGACCUGAUCAAGGCGCUGUGUCACCCAAGGGUCAAAGUAGGAAAUGAAUGGGUCACCAAAGGUCAGAGUGUCGACCAGGUGAGUAUAAUUUUUUUAAAUACAUUUCCAGGAGCUAAAUAAUUGUGAGCAUAAAACUUCUGUAUAGAGUUGCUAAUAUUUUCCUGAGUGAUUCCCCAUUGAGCGUGAUGUUUAGUCCAGGGCUAGAACUAAUCUGUGUCUGGGAAACUGUUCCCAUGUGUUUAUGUUGAGGCAAUUUCUUUGCAAAUUUAUUUUCUUCAUAUUUUGUAGGUGUACUACGCCAUUGGUGCGCUGUCCAAAUCGAUUUACGAGAAGAUGUUCCUCUGGAUGGUGAUAAGAAUCAACCUUUCUCUGGACACUAAGAACGCUCGUCAGCAUUACAUUGGUGUGCUGGACAUCGCAGGCUUUGAGAUCUUUGAUGUGAGUGUAUGAUGUAGACUAUAGUUCCAUAUAAAAGGCCACGUCACAAAACGGAUUUAUCUAAAACAUUACAGCUGACAAAAUAAAGUCACUGCCAACUUCCCUUCCAGUUCAACACCUUUGAGCAGCUGUGCAUCAACUUCACUAAUGAGAAGCUGCAGCAGUUCUUCAACCACCACAUGUUCGUGCUGGAGCAGGAGGAGUAUAAGAAGGAGGGUAUCGUCUGGGAGUUCAUUGACUUCGGCAUGGACUUGGCUGCCUGCAUUGACCUCAUUGAAAGGGUUGGUGUCAUCCGUUUUUCAGUAGUUUAUAUGAAGGGUCCUGAGUUAUCUUUGGAGAUUUCAAACAUUUAAUGGAAGUACAUUUAAAAUGAACAUUACAAGCGCAAUCUUCAAUAGACAAAUGAUUCUGAUAUUUAUUCACUACGCUUUUCCCUUAGCACUAAUGUAUUUUCAUUCCUUCCCCUAGCCCAUGGGUAUCAUGUCCAUCCUUGAAGAGGAGUGCAUGUUCCCCAAGGCCAGUGAUGCUACAUUCAAAGCUAAGCUGUACGACACCCAUCUGGGCAAAAAUAACUGCUUCCAGAAGCCCAAGAUCGUUAAGGGUAGACCAGAGGCCCAUUUCUCCCUGGUUCACUAUGCUGGCACUGUAGACUACAACAUUGGUAACUGGCUGGUGAAGAACAAGGACCCGCUGAAUGAGACUGUGGUCGGACUGUUCCAGAAGUCAAGCCUUAAGUUCCUGGCCAACCUCUAUACGGGCUAUGCUGGUGCAGAAGGAGGUACUAUAUGUUUCUGUCUGCAAAGACUACAAACCACUAAAGUAUAACAAUUGACAUGAUAGUAGUAAUAAUAGUAUUUUUAUUUAUUUAUUAUUAUUUCAUUAUCACACAGGUGAAGACAAAGCAGCUGGGGGAGGAGGAAAAAAGAAAAAAGGUGGUUCCUUCCAGACUGUGUCUGCGUUGCACAGGGUAAACUUUUCAAUUCAUAUAUUUCUGAUGUUUUUGCAUGGCAGAAUAUUAACAAAUGUAUUAUAUUUGCAACUGUGGAUUGGAAUGUUAGCAUUACAUCCUCAUUCUCUGAGACUCACUGAUGGAGAAUUCUACAUGUGUCAUACUCACAGGAGAACUUGGGUAAACUCAUGACCAACUUGAGGUCUACUCACCCCCACUUUGUGCGUUGCCUCAUCCCCAACGAGACCAAGACUCCUGGGGCCAUGGAGAAUCCUCUGGUCAUGCACCAGCUGCGCUGCAACGGUGUGCUGGAAGGCAUCAGGAUCUGCAGGAAGGGCUUCCCCAACAGGAUCCUGUAUGCUGAUUUCAAACAAAGGUAAAAAAUAAGGUUAUACAUUUUCUUUAUAAAAUAAAUGCAGCUGCUUGCCUAACCACGUGUUCCAUUAUUGAAGAUAAUUGUUUUGUGAUUUUUAAUUCAGAUACCGCAUCCUCAAUCCAAAUGCUAUCCCUGAGGGUCAGUUCAUGGACAACGUGAAGGCAGCAGAAAAACUGCUGGGCUCUCUGGACAUUGACCACACCCAGUACAGAUUAGGCCACACUAAGGUAAGUUCUCUAAAUAGAUGGAAGGCAAUAUGGCCUGUUGGAUCAGGAGAGAAAAGUAGGAGCAACAUAUUGCCAUACCAAACUGAGUUAUACCCAUAGAGUACUACUAGAGAGCUGAUCUCCUGUUUUUGCAAUGGCUAAUAUUCCUACAACAUUUACAUUUUAGCAGACGCUCUUAUCCAGAGCAACUUACAGGAGCAAUUAGGGUUAUUAUUAUAUUAUUAUUAUUAAGUGCCUUGCUCAAGGGCACAGCGACAGAUUUUUCACCUAGUCGGCUCAGGGAUUAGAACCAGCGACCUUUCGGUUACUGGCACAACGCUCUUAACCACUAAGCUACCUGCCGCAACAGAACAACAGGUGUAGGCUACAUAUGGACAUUGCACAAACAUCACCCAGCUUGAGUGAGUUCGUGUUCCAAAGACAAAACAUGUUCUGCUGUAAAUAUCAUACUGAUGUGUUUAAAAAGACAGUAGAACUACACUUACCUAACAAAUCAAAGUACAACUUCAGCUGUCUAACCAGGACUAAAAUAGCAUUAUAUUUGUCUAUUUGGCAUUCUAUUUGUCUAGACUACUUUAGUCUGUGGCUUGCUAGCAUUAUGUUAGGGAUAAUCAACGAGGGGCUUUGCAUUCUAUGGAAAAUAAUGAACGAUGUGGAAGGUGUGUUCCACGACACGCUAGUGGAGGGAAACUGACCUUCCACAUUAUUUUCCAGAGAACACAUAGAGCCCUGAGUUGAUUAUCCCUUUUAUACCACGGCUCUAAUUUAACACAUUUGGCCGCUAGAAAAGUAGCUAGCAAAUUGACUAGAUAGCUCUACAGUGGUUGUCAUGGUAACCAAACAAACAGACCUGCUAGUUUAGCUAACCAAACCAUCAGUCCUAGCUUGUUAUUAUGAAAAUCUAAUUCAACAAUGCCGAUACUGUUUUAAAUUGGAAUUUUUGCUUUCAAAAGUUGCUCAAACAUAGAACAUGUAAAAAUGAACUAUAGCCAUUGAAUUCUACCGUGUUGAUAUACUGCGUGUUAUAGGGAAAUAACGCAUGCACUAGAAUGCCCUUCAAGCCAAUCAGAAACGAGUAUACAACAAUGCCAUGGUAUAACAAAUUAUGUUGUAUAACCAAAAGUAGCUACUGGCUAGCUAGUACCAGCUAAUGUUACCUACUUAGCUAAAGGUACUUGCCAACACCAGUGUUUUGACGGUUGACAGGCAGCAGAAAUGACCGUGUCGGAUUUAAUCCAUUCCUGGACAUCUGGCAAUGUUGUUGAAAUGCAUUGGAAGUUUGCACUAACUUUAUGGAAACCCAUUUUCACUACUAUUUGCCGAGCAAAAUGUGCGUGCGCAACUAUAUGAGGACUUGACAACCAUGUCCACAUAGCAGCUGGGGACGGACCAUGUCUCCGGGCAAUUGGAGUCAUUAGAAAUGUAUUCCAUACCCAACCCUCCAGUAAAUCGUGACAAACUAACAAAACUCAGUUUUGGACGAGACUGAUUUUAUGACAAAAAUUAUCCUAUUUACACUUUGUUGUCAAUUCUGACACUAUAAUUAAUGUUUCUGACUCAUAUAGAUGCCACAUCAACGACCGUUUAAAAACAGAGAAGUUGGUUUAAGGGGCAGUUGACCUUUUAAAGUAGUGAAUUUAUUUUUCUUAUAUUUUCAUGAGUGUAUUAUUGGCAGUUGGUAAAUAAACUGAAAAGGUGCAUACCACCUCCUGAGCUAGAUUCCAUUCAGAUCAGCAGGAGGGGUCAGCCAAUGAAUUAUACUCCUGAGCAUUCAAUAACAGCAGGUGGCAGUAAAUCCCCAACCUUGGCUUUAUACCUCUAGAGGUAUAAAGCCAAGGUUGGGGAUUUACUGCCACCUGCUGUUAUUGAAUGCUCAGGAGUAUAAUUCAUUGGCUGACCCCUCCUGCUGAUCUGAAUGGAAUUUUGUGAUCCAUCCUUUAAAACGGCAAUCUGCAAUUGCUACAUACAUUUCUGGACGUUUAUAUUAAUGUUGUACACCCAUUGAUUCUUGAAGACUAAAAUGUAUGAAUGCCUCAUGAGCUUAGUUCAAUUGCCCCAUUGGUAACCCAAAAUAUAAGCUUCAAACCUUUGUUAUGGUUGGAACUGAGGCUUGCCCCUUUAACCCAUAUUAAGUCACAACAUUGUGAAAGCCCUCAUUGGCACUGCCCUACUUAAAAAGGCUUUGGGCCCUGUGCACCCUCAAUGGUCCUCUGUAGCUCAGCUGGUAGAGCACGGCGCUUGGUCUGGUAGUGAUAUAUAUGGAUAUAGUGGUCCUCUGUAGCUCAGCUGGUAGAGCACGGCGCUUGUAACGCCAGGGUAGUGGGUUCGAUCCCCGGGACCACCCAUACGUAAAAAUGUAUGCACACGUGACUGUAAGUCGCUUUGGAUAAAAGCAUGUGCUAAAUGGCAUAUUAUAAUCAAACUCUAUGGCAAUAACUAUUUUUUAUUUUUUUUGUCAUUUAGCAGACGCUCUUAUCCAGAGUGACUUACAGUUAGUGAGUGCAUACAUAUUAUUAUUUUUAUUUUUUUCAAGAACUAUUGACGGAUACAAAUAUGUGCUUGUCAUAGCGCCACCAUGUGGCAGAUCAGCAUCUGGCUCCUUAAAAGCAAUUACAAGUGACAGGCCACACCCUCAUGGCAGUUCAUUGUGCCCAUGCUAUUAAAGAUAGACUAUCCGUACAUGUUUUAAAGACAUUGGUCCUUAGAUGUUAUAUACUAAACGUCAUACGAAUUUAUCAAACUUCAUAAAAGUAACAUUUAGGUGUUGUUAAUAAAAUUCAAACUGGGGCUGAAUUUUCAAUUCAAUUGCUCAUUUCAGGGCCACCUUGUGGUCAAUUUAUCCCAUGUUCAUUUGGAGGUAAGAAUUUAAGAAUCUAAACACCACCUCCAGGUUUUGUAAAUCUGAAGGACACCACCUUAAAGUUAUUUCUUGUCGAAGGGAGGGGGGAAAAAUCAAUGGAACCAAAUACAAGGCAAUCCAAACAGCACCUUACAGUGGGGAAAGAAAGUAUUUAGUCAGCCACCAAUUGUGCAAGUUCUCCCACAUAAAAAGAUGAGAGAGGCCUGUAAUUUUCAUCAUAGGUUCACGUCAACUAUGACAGACAAAAUGAGAUUUUUUUUCCAGAAAAUCACAUUGUAGGAAUUUUUAUGAAUUUAUUUGCAAAUUAUGGUGGAAAAUAAGUAUUUGGUCAAUAACAAAAGUUUCUCAAUACUUUGUUAUAUACGCUUUGUUGGCAAUGACACAGGUCAAACGUUUUCUGUAAGUCUUCACAAGGUUUUCACACACUGUUGCUGGUAUUUUGGCCCAUUCCUCCAUGCAGAUCUCCUCUAGAGCAGUGAUGUUUUGGGGCUGUCGCUGGGCAACACAGACUUUCAACUCACUCCAAAGAUUUUCUAUGGGGUUGAGAUCUGGAGACUGGCUAGGCCACUCCAGGACCUUGAAAUGCUUCUUACGAAGCCACUCCUUCAUUGCCCGGGCGGUGUGUUUGGGAUCAUUGUCAUGCUGAAAGACCCAGCUUUCAUCUUCAAUGCCCUUGCUGAUGGAAGGAGGUUUUCACUCAAAAUCUCACGAUACAUGGCCCCAUUCAUUCUUUCCUUUACACGGAUCAGUCGUCCUGGUCCCUUUGCAGAAAAACAGCCCCAAAGCAUGAUGUUUCCACCCCCAUGCUUCACAGUAGGUAUGGUGUUCUUUGGAUGCAACUCAGCAUUCUUUGUCCUCCAAAGUUGAGUUUUUACCAAAAAGUUCUAUUUUGGUUUCAUCUGACCAUAUGACAUUCUCCCAGUCCUCUUCUGGAUCAUCCAAAUGCACUGAAGCAAACUUCAGACGGGCCUGGACAUGUACUGGCUUAAGCAGGGGGACACGUCUGGCACUGCAGGAUUUGAGUCCCUGGCGGCAUAGUGUGUUACUGAUGGUAGGCUUUGUUACUUUGGUCCCAGCUCUCUGCAGGUCAUUCACUAGGUCCCCCCAUGUGGUUCUGGGAUUUUUGCUCACCAUUCUUGUGAUCAUUUUGACCCCACGGGGUGAGAUCUUGCGUGGAGCCCCAGAUCGAGGGAGAUUAUCAGUGGUCUUGUAUGUCUUCUAUUUCCUAAUAAUUGCUCCCACAGUUGAUUUCUUCAAACCAAGCUGCUUACCUAUUGCAGAUUCAGUCUUCCCAGCCUGGUGCAGGUCUACAAUUUUGUUUCUGGUGUCCUUUGACAGCUCUUUGGUCUUGGCCAUAGUGGAGUUUGGAGUGUGACUGUUUGAGGUUGUGGACAGGUGUCUUUUAUACUGAUAACAAGUUCAAACAGGUGCCAUUAAUACAGGUAACGAGUGGAGGACAGAGGAGCCUCUUAAAGAAGAAGUUACAGGUCUGUGAGAGCCAGAAAUCUUGCUUGUUUGUAGGUGACCAAAUACUUAUUUUCCACCAUAAUUUGCAAAUAAAUUCAUAAAAAAUCCUACAAUGUGAUUUUCUGGAUUUUUUUUCCUCAAUUUGUCUGUCAUAGUUGACGUGUACCUAUGAUGAAAAUUACAGGCCUCUCUCAUCUUUUUAAGUGGGAGAACUUGCACAAUUGGUGGCUGACUAAAUACUUUCUUUCCCCACUGUAUGUUCUCUGUAUAUCUUUAUUAGGUGUUCUUCAAGGCUGGUCUCCUGGGUACCCUUGAGGAGAUGAGAGACGACCGUCUCGCUCUCAUCAUCACUGGCCUCCAGGCCCGAGCACGUGGUCUACUUGCCAGGGUUGAGUUCCAGAAAAUUGUUGACCGCAGGUUGGAAAAACAAUAGAUAGAACUUCGGCAGACAACAUGGUGGAGGUGGGAAAGGUUGCAUAACAAGCUAAUUUUAUAACAUUUCACAGGGAUGCCAUGCUUGUGAUCCAAUGGAACGUUCGUGCAUUCAUGAGUGUCAAAAAUUGGCCCUGGAUGACGAUGUACUUCAAGAUCAAACCUCUGCUGAAGACAGCAGAGACUGAGAAAGAGAUGGCCAACAUGAAGGAAGAAUUCCUGAAGCUUAAAGAGGUUUAUGCUAAAACGGAUGCCCGUAGGAAGGAGCUGGAAGAGAAGAUGGUCUCCCUUCUCCAAGAGAAGAAUGACCUGCAGCUCGCUGUCCUUACUGUGAGUAAAAGCUACUUUGCUAUCCUUUGUCAAAAUGGCCUUUGUAGUUCUCAGCCUGAAUGAGGCCCAAACCCAAACCAGCCCCUAGCACCUACCAACUCGCUUGGGGGCUCCCUCUGUUGCCAAAUUUGCUGACGAAACUCAAAGGGUGACUUCCGGAGCGGCGAGGGGGAUCAACUAACCUGAUAAACUACAGGACACACUCGUGACUUCAAUGAUGCAAUUCAUUUAAAAAUGUAUAAUAAUGAGACAAGCAUGAAAAUCGAAUUCAUAAAUUCUUACAAAAUAUAACAAGAUACAAGAUUAACGAGAUACAAACCUCUGUAACAGUUAAACAUUUCAAUUUGUUACAUGUUUCACGUGUUGUAAAUAAGACACAAGCAAAUGCACGUGUCAUAUCAUUAGGCAUGCCUUUCCAUUAUAUCAUAUGAAAUUGUGCAAAGGCUGAACAUAUUCCGGCGCGUGUUGGGAUAGCACUUCACCCUGGAGCCUACAGCAUAAGCUGGUCAAAGUGGCUAUCGGAGGGUCUCUAGUUAGCCCCUACCCCCUUUGAUCAUUUUCACUCCCUCAGCUUUGGGACACCUGUGAAUAUGGCAGAGGCAAAUCGAGGGCUUAGGGGAAGGGACUGGUUUGGGAUUCAGCAAGAUGCAUGGAAGGGGGAAGAGACAUGAUUUGAUCAAGCCAAAGGUCAUACAAUUACUGGAGCAAUUGGACAUCCAUUGUAGUGUCAGAAUAUUUUCCAACCAACCAAAUUUCUGAAAUGUGUAGGAUUUAUAUAUAUAUACUUACAAUAUAUUGACACGUUGACAGUCAGAAGACACUCUUGGUGAUGCUGAAGAGAGAUGUGAGGGGCUGAUCAAGAGUAAGAUCCAGCUUGAGGCCAAAGCCAAAGAGCUGACAGAGAGACUGGAGGACGAGGAGGAGAUGAAUUCAGAGCUGACUGCCAAGAAGAGGAAGCUGGAGGAUGAGUGCUCAGAACUCAAGAAGGACAUUGAUGAUCUGGAGCUCACUCUGGCUAAAGUGGAGAAGGAGAAGCAUGCCACGGAGAACAAGGUCAAAGCUUCUCAUUCAUUCUAGGGUUGUUAAAACUCCAAAUAAUUGAUGUGGAUGACAGUGUAAUGACACUGCUCUGUUUCUUUAGGUUAAAAACCUGACUGAGGAGAUGGCAGCUCUGGACGAAACCAUUGCCAAGCUGACCAAGGAGAAGAAGGCUCUGCAGGAGGCCCAUCAGCAAACGCUGGAUGACCUGCAGAAUGAGGAGGAUAAGGUCAACACGCUGACCAAGGCCAAAGUCAAACUGGAACAGCAAGUUGAUGACGUGAGAAUCAAAUUGGAAUUGACAAAAAAUAUCCUAAAAAUGGGCUACAGUAAAUUAUUUACUCAGAAUAUUGUUUAAUAUAUAUUUUACCAGUGGUGUUUCAGAGUAUGGUGUUUGUAACGCCAAGGUAGUGGGUUCAAUUCCCAUGUGUAAAAUCUAUGCACGCAUGAUUAAGUCCCUUUGGAAUAAAAUGUCUGCUAAUUAUUAUGUAUAUUAUUAUAGUAUAUUAUAUUAUUAUCAGCUUGAAGGGUCUCUGGAGCAAGAGAAGAAGGUGAGGAUGGACCUUGAGAGAGCCAAGAGAAAGCUGGAGGGAGACUUGAAGUUGACCCAGGAGAGCCUAAUGGACCUGGAGAACGACAAGCAGCAGAUGGAGGAGAGGAUGAAGAAGUAAGAUCACAAAUAAAAUACAACUAUUUACAUACUGGUAUUAUUUUAUAGCAGAAAAGAUCACAACUCCCAAAAAUCAUUAAAAAUAGACAUUUCAAAGAAAUAUGCUUUUUUACUCAUCAGGAAGGACUUUGAGAUGAGCCAACUCAACAGCAAGAUUGAGGAUGAGCAGGCCAUGAGUGCCCAGCUUCAGAAGAAACUGAAGGAGUUGCAGGUAUUUAAAUAUUAUUGUUACAAAUAGAAUCUUUCUGUUACACUUGUUCAUGUUCUGCUCUUACCAGAAAAGUUUUUAAUUUCCUCCAUUUCAGGCCCGCAUUGAGGAGCUGGAGGAAGAGCUGGAGGCCGAGAGAGCUGCCCGUGCCAAGGUGGAGAAACAGAGGGCAGACUUGGCCAGAGAGCUGGAGGAGAUCAGUGAGCGGCUGGAGGAGGCUGGUGGAGCCACUGCUGCCCAGAUUGAGAUGAACAAGAAGAGGGAGGCGGAGUUCCAGAAGGUGCGCAGAGACCUUGAAGAGGCCACUCUGCAGCACGAGGCUACAGCUGCCUCUCUGAGGAAGAAAAAUGCGGACAGUGUGGCUGACCUGGGAGAGCAGAUCGACAACCUUCAGAGAGUGAAGCAGAAGCUGGAGAAGGAGAAGAGUGAGCUCAAGCUGGAGCUGGAUGAUGUGGUCUCCAACAUGGAGCAGAUUGUCAAGACUAAGGUCGGUGGAUUCAUCAUUAUGAAAUACAAGCAUUUUCUGAGAUCAGAUAGUUAUCGCAAAAUGACACUGUACAUGCUCUUCAAAUCAAAUCAAAUCAAAUCAAAUCUUCAGAGAGAUGAUCUAUGAAGGUUGUGCUGUGUUACCUAAAAAAAAACGUGUUUUCAGACAAACUUGGAGAAAAUGUGCCGCACUCUAGAGGACCAGAUGAGUGAAUACAGGACGAAAGCUGAGGAAGGACAUCGAUCCAUCAAUGAUUUCACCAUGCAGAAAGCAAAGCUUCAAACUGAGAAUGGUAUAAUAACUUAACAUGAACAUUCACAUAAACAGCCACAAUGAAUCGCCACAUCCACAAUAACAGACUAACUAAUCAAAAAUCAAUGAAAACAGGUGAACUUGCCAGACAACUGGAGGAGAAGGACUCUCUUGUCUCCCAACUGACCAGGGGUAAACAGUCUAACGUUCAGCAGAUUGAAGACCUCAAGAGACAACUGGAGGAGGAAGUCAAGGUAUUUAUACAAUAAAUGUAGAAUCUAUUAUCCAACUACAUUCAUCCUCCGGCAUAACGACAUUUUUUAUUUAUUUUUACAUUUAUUUUCCAGGCAAAGAACGCACUUGCCCAUGCAGUGCAGUCUGCUCGCCAUGACUCCGACCUGCUCCGGGAGCAGUAUGAGGAAGAGCAGGAGGCCAAGGCUGAGCUGCAGCGUGGCAUGUCCAAGGCCAACGCUGAGGUGGCUCAGUGGAGAAACAAGUAUGAAACUGAUGCCAUCCAGAAGACCGAGGAGCUUGAAGAGGCAAAGUAAGGAUGUUUUUCUUACUUUCUCUUACUUUCAUGGCUAUUCAACCUUGGCUGAAUGAGCGAUACACAAAAGUUUAUGAUGAAUGAUACAUGAAUUACCUGAUAUACAAACAUUAUAUAUAUAUAUUUUUUAAAGUCAGCUGUUCUGAAAUGUUUCCUAUCUAUGUCAAUCUAGGAAAAAGUUGGCUCAGCGUCUGCAGGAUGCAGAGGAAGCUGUGGAAGCUGUUAACGCUAAAUGCUCCUCCCUGGAGAAGACUAAACACAGACUCCAGAAUGAGAUUGAAGAUCUCAUGGUGGAUGUGGAGAGAUCCAAUGCAGCUGCUGCCGCUCUGGACAAGAAGCAAAGGAACUUCGACAAGGUGUUAUUAUGGGAUACACAAGUCUUCUUAACUUUCAUUAUAAUACACGGUAAUCAUAUGCUGUUUACUCAAACCAUUUCCAAUACCUGUGUGAUUCCACUAGGUCCUGGCUGAGUGGAAGCAGAAGUUUGAGGAGUCCCAGACCGAGCUGGAGAGCUCCCAGAAAGAGGCCAGAUCUCUCAGCACUGAGCUCUUCAAACUCAAGAACUCUUAUGAGGAGUCUCUGGAUCAUCUGGAGACCAUGAAGAGGGAGAACAAGAACCUGCAAGGUCAGAGCGUCAGUAUUAUUGGCCUGCAUUUCAGGCAAUCAUUUAAAUAUUAUUACAGAGAUUUGUUAUCACAAGAUUCUGAUGUGCAAUUGUUUUUCCCCCCCCCCCCCCCACAGAGGAAAUUUCUGACCUGACUGAGCAACUUGGUGAGGGAGGAAAGAGCAUCCAUGAGCUGGAGAAGGUCCGUAAACAGCUGGAGCAGGAGAAGGCUGAGAUACAAACUGCUCUAGAGGAAGCUGAGGUGAGACUGGAAGAUAUUUACUGAUAGGGAUAGACACAAUUUACUGCUGGUAAAAUAUUAGAAGAUUUUACAUACAAUGUGUGUUGUGUUGCCAUAGGGCUCCCUUGGAACAUGAGGAGGGCAAGAUCCUGAGGGCACAGCUGGAGUACAACCAGGUCAAAGCUGACAUUGAGCGCAAACUUGUGGAGAAGGACGAGGAGAUGGAGAUGAAUAAGAGGAACCAGCAGAGAGUGGUGGAUAACCUGCAAAGCUCCCUGGAGUCAGAGACUCGUAGCAGGAACGAAGCUCUCAGGCUGAAGAAGAAGAUGGAGGGAGAUCUCAAUGAGAUGGAGAUCCAGCUCAGCCAGGCCAACAGGCAGGCAGGAGAGGCCCAGAAGCAACUUAAGGGUCUCCAUGCCCAUCUGAAGGUAACUCUUCCACAGCAUUUAAUCAAAAACACCAUACCUACUACAUUUUUAUUAUAAUGAUGAAGCCAAAAAAGACUUGUUAAACAGAUCUGGGGUCUUUCUGGGACCUCUUUCUAACGAAUCUAAGAAACAAAUCUAAAAUCCUCAAUUCUCUCCACAGGAUUCUCAACUGCAGCUGGAUGAUGCCCUACGUGGUGGUGACGACCUGAAGGAGAACAUUGCCAUUGUGGAGAGACGCAACAACUUGAUGCAGGCUGAACUGGAUGAGCUGAGGUCCCUGGUGGAGCAGACUGAGAGAGGCCGCAAACUGGCCGAGCAGGAACUGCUGGAUGUUAGUGAGAGAGUUCAGCUGCUGCACUCUCAGGUAAGGCACCGAUGGGACGACGACAAUGGAUAGCCUUAUUAAAUAUACACAACUUGAAAAAAUGUUUAAGAUACUAUGAAAGUAAUUCCUCAAACAUACGUGUAGAACACCAGCCUGUUGAGCCAGAAGAAGAAGCUGGAGGGCGACACAUCCCAGCUUUCGACCGAAGUGGAGGAGGCUGUGCAGGAGUGCAGAAACGCUGAGGAAAAGGCCAAGAAGGCCAUUACGGAUGCUGCCAUGAUGGCCGAGGAGCUGAAGAAGGAGCAGGACACCAGCUCUCACCUGGAACGCAUGAAGAAGAACAUGGAGCAGACCAUCAAGGACCUGCAGCACCGCCUGGAUGAAGCUGAACAAAUCGCCAUGAAGGGGGGCAAGAAGCAGAUCCAGAAGCUGGAGGCCAGAGUAAGUGUUUGAGACUAACCUACCUUCUCUUCUAUAAAUUACAAAUUAUUUUUCAUAUUUCUAGCUUCAAUGUUGAAUGUAGUAGUAACAACAUAAUUGGAAAUAGUGUUAACAUCCAUCAUAUCUUUCUAGGUGAGGGAGCUAGAGACGGAAGUGGAAAGUGAGCAGAGGAGGGGUGGCGAUUCUGUGAAAGGAGUCCGUAAAUACGAGAGACGUAUCAAGGAACUCACCUACCAGGUACAUCAAAGUGGCACUAUGAACAUGGCUCAGAAUAAAAUGGUUAAUAUAUGACCAUCUUUUUUCCCCCCUUGUUUUUCUGGUGCAGACUGAGGAAGACCGUAAAAAUUUGAGCCGUCUUCAGGACCUGGUGGACAAACUGCAGCUGAAGGUCAAAUCCUACAAGAGAACUGCAGAGGAGGCUGUAAGUACAAAACCUUCCGCCAUCCAACUGAUGCAUCUGUCAUUUAUGAAUUGUUGCGUUUGCCAGAGACUAAAUCAUCCAUAUUUUUCUACAGGAGGAACAAGCCAAUUCCAAUUUGGGCAAGUUCCGCAAGAUUCAGCAUGAACUGGAUGAGGCAGAGGAGAGGGCUGAUAUUGCCGAGUCUCAGGUCAAUAAGAUGAGAGCCAAGAGUCGUGAUGUCGGUUCCAAGGUCAGUAGUUUCAAUCGUCUAUUAAUUAUAAUUUUCAGAUUCUCUCAUGUACUGUAUGGCUGAAGCCUUAA